AUGGUGACUUCUCGCCAACCACUGCCAAUAUAUGAAAUGAUUUUAAAAGCCUUGAAAGAAAAUUAUGAGCACUACUGCCAAGAAAAAAUGACAAAAGCACCUCAGCAGACUCAAUGUUGUAUGAUGUUGUCUUCUGAAGAAGAAUUUCCUAGUCUGCGUCGAGCCAAUCCACAAGAAGAAACUGUAAUGAAACCUUUCAUCUAUAGCAGAGAAAUGACAGCAGAAGGAUCAAAGAAACCUAUCUCUCAGGCAGAAGAAGUGCUAAACUGGCAAUCAAAAAAUGCUUUAGCCCAGAAUAGCUUACUACAAAAAAUUGAAAGAAAAAUGGAUAAAAUUGAAUUGUCCAUAGAAAAAGAGAUCGGAGGCAUGAAUUCCAGGCUACAAAAGCAUUAUACAGAAUUGAAAGAGAAGAGAGAAAGACUUGAGGAGGAGACAAGAAAAAUUAAAGAAACAAGAAGAUUCAACAACCUGCUCAUUGAAAAAGAAAGAGAGUUACAAAAAACCAGAGACAAUAUGAAGAACUUGUCCACUAUGUAG